AUGGCUGGAGCCGCAGAACAAUUUGAACUAAUUGGUAUUGCUAAACAAAAAGCUGAAGAAACCCUUAAGAAUGCUGAACUUACUAAGACUCUUCUUGAUAUUAUUAAAGAAGCUGGAUGUGAAAAAGGAUGUGAAAAGGCUAUUGGUCAAUUAUUGUAUCAAUUAGCUACAAAAUUAAAUAAAGGAAAAGAGUCAAUUAGACCACAAGUAAUAGCAUGGAUUGUUUCUAAGAAAGUUACUAAUAUUAAUAUGGAUGCUUUAAUGACCUAUAUUAAUAAACAUCAAGAACUUGAUAUUCCAACCAUUGAAAAAGAAUGUGGAGUAGGAGUUGUUGUUACUAGAGAACAAAUUAUUGAAGGAGUUAAACAAUUAUUAUCAGGUAAAAUGGAAGAAUUAAAAAAGAAUAGAUAUACUAUGGAAGGUCAAUUAAUAAGAGAAGCAAAAGAUUCCAUUAAAUGGGCUGAUGGUAAGGUUCUUAAUGAAGAAUUAAUGAAACAAUUAAAAGAAAUAUUAGGAGAAAAGACUAAAGAUGAUAUCAAAAAGAAAGCACAAAAGAAAAGUGGUGAGCCAAAUAAAAAAGAAGAAGUCAAAAAUCUUCCAAAACAAAAGAAUGUUGAUUCAGGAGUUAAAUUAUCUAAGCCUUCUGAUAAUAUUCAAAAAACUCCAGAAAUUCUUGCUGAACAUUUAAAAAGAACUGGAGGAAUUUAUGUUACUAGAUUCCCACCAGAACCAAAUGGAUAUCUUCAUAUUGGACAUGCCAAAUCAAUGUAUUUGAAUUUUGGUUAUUCAGAAAAAACUGGUGGUAAAUGUUACAUGAGAUUUGAUGAUACAAACCCAGAGAAAGAGACUCAUGAAUUUAUUAAUACUAUAGAAGAGACUGUUAAGUGGUUAGGACAUACUCCAUGUGCUGUUACUUAUUCAUCACAAUAUUUUGAUAGAAUUUAUGAUUGUGCAAUUGAAUUAAUUAAAAGAGGAAAAGCUUAUGUUUGUCAUCAAACUCCUGAUCAAAUUGCUGCUUCACGUGAAAAUAAACAACCAUCUCCAUGGAGAGAUAGAAGUGUAGAAGAAAAUCUUAAACACUUUAAAUGGAUGUGUCAAGGUAGAUAUUGUGAAGGAGAAGCUACUUUAAGAAUGAAAAUGGAUAUUAAUUCACCAAACCCAUGUAUGUGGGAUCUUGUUGCUUAUAGAAUUAAAUUCUUCCCACAUCCAGUUACAGGUGAUAGAUUAUGUUGUUAUCCAUCAUAUGAUUUUGUUCAUUGUUUAGUUGACUCUUUUGAAGACAUUACUCAUUCUAUGUGUACAUUAGAAUUCCUUCCAAGAAGAGAAUCAUACUUUUGGUUACUUGAUGCACUUGAUAUGUAUAAACCAGUUGUAUGGGAGUUCAACAGAUUAAAUAUUACUUAUACUGUUAUGUCUAAAAGAAAACUUCAUGCUUUAGUUGAUAAAGGAUAUGUCAGAGGAUGGGAUGAUCCAAGAAUGCCAACUAUUAUGGGAUUCAAACGUAAGGGAUAUUCUGCUGAUGCUAUUAAUAAUUUCUGUAGAACCGUUGGAGUUACAACUAAUACUACUGUUUAUAUUGACUAUGAAGUUCUUGAACAACAUUGUAGAGAUGAUAUGGAGGUUAAAUGUAAGAGAGCUAUGUGUGUACCAGAUCCUGUUAAAGUUAUUUUAACCAAUGUUCCAGAUGAUUAUUGUAUUGAAGUUGUAAGACCAAAUCAUCCAAUGAACGAUAAAAUGGGAACUAAUACUGUUCAUUUAAGAAAAGUACUUUAUAUUGACAGAAGUGAUUGGAGAGAUGAAGACAAAAAAGGAUAUUGGGGACUUGCACCAAACAAAGUUGUUGGAUUAAGAUAUGCAGGAAAUAUUAUUUGUCAUAAAUUUGAUAAAGAUGCUGAAGGUAAAAUUACUUGUUUAUAUUGUACUUUUGAUGCAGAUAAAAAAGAAAAACCAAAAGGACAUAUUCAAUGGGUUAGCUCUGGUACUAAUGGAGCUGAACCAGCUAAAGCCGAGUUAAGAUACUAUGAUACUCUCUUUACUGAUCCUAAACCAGAAAGUCCAGAUUGGGAAAAACUUAUUAAUCCAAAGUCACUCACUAUUGUUAACGGUUAUGUUGAUGAAACUUUAGAACAUGUUAAACCACUUGAUUGUUUCCAAUUUGAAAGAGUAGGAUUUUUCUGUUGUGAUAGUGACUCUAAAGAAGGAGCUUUAGUUUUUAACAGAACAGUUGGACUUAAAGAAUCUAAAGAAAAGAAACAAAUUUAA